UUGUUUAUCCCACUAAGCCUUUCUUAACAAAUUAUAUUUUUACAAGUAAAGCCAAUGAUGAAGUUGAGAUGCAAAAAGUUGUUCAGAAGCAACUCAAAGGUGGUUGCAAGUAGUAAUGCCACCGCAGUAACAGGGAGCGACGCCAAAUUAGGUGGUGAAAUAAAAUGGGAAUUACGUCCAGGAGGUAUGUUGGUACAGAAGAGAGAAUGUGCAGAGAAUGAUGGAGAUUCUAUUAUCACUCUUAGAGUCUCUACUGUUACUCAAUGCCAUCACAUUUCUAUACAACCAACUUCAUCUUUUGGAGAAUUAAAGAUGAUACUGGCAAUGGUAACUGGUUUAGAGCCAAAAGAACAAAGACUAUUAUACAAAGGGAAAGAAAGAGAGGAUUGUGAAUACUUGCACAUGGUGGGGGUGAAAGACAAAGACAAAGUGUUACUCUUUGAAGAUCCAGCUAUCAAAGAGAGGAAACAAGCAACAAGUGGACAUGUCCAAGUCAUUGGAUCCACUUACCACACUAUUUGUGUCUAAAAAUAAAUAAUAAUCAUAGUACUACUAGUUAACAUUGUUAGUGUGUGCAAUGUGUAAUUUUUUUCUUUAAAAAAAACUAACCCCCCUCCUCAUCAAGAAAAUGAGUGAUGAUGGAUCAAGAAUGGUGAUAAGUAUAUGCUCACCAACUUGCCCAAAUUAGAUUAUGCUGUUGUUUUUAUGGUGUGUAAUAGCAAAUUUUAAUUUUAUAUGCGACCCCAAUCCCGUGGUAGCAUAUAUGAAAAUUAAUGUGUAACGUUCUCGUGCAUCUCGAUUAGGUUAUCGAGUUUGUAAAUGUUACUAUACUAAUUUUAAUUUUCUCAAUGUUAUUUUCUA